AUGUCAACAUUAAGCAUCCUGAGACCAUCAUGUAAUGAGAUCAGAACCUUCUCCCAACCAUCCAGGAGCUGCUUACCAUCGAGGAGCAGCAGCUUCUCCAGACCAUCUAGGAGCAGCAGCUUCUCCCGACCAUCGAGGAGCAGCAGCUUCUCCCGACCAUCGAGGAGCAGCAGCUUCUCCCGACCAUCGAGGAGCAGCAGCUUCUCCCGACCAUCGAGGAGCAGCAGCUUCUCCCGACCAUCGAGGAGCAGCAGCUUCUCCCGACCAUCGAGGAGCAGCAGCUUCUCCCGACCAUCGAGGAGCAGCAGCUUCCCCCGACCAUCGAGGAGCAGCAGCUUCCCCCGACCAUCGAGGAGCAGCAGCUUCCCCCGACCAUCGAGGAGCAGCAGCUUCCCCCGACCAUCGAGGAGCAGCAGCUUCUCCCGACCAUCGAGGAGCAGCAGCUUCUCCCGACCAUCGAGGAGCAGCAGCUUCUCCCGACCAUCGAGGAGCAGCAGCUUCUCCCGACCAUCGAGGAGCAGCAGCUUCUCCCGACCAUCGAGGAGCAGCAGCUUCUCCCGACCAUCGAGGAGCAGCAGCUUCUCCCGACCAUCGAGGAGCAGCAGCUUCUCCCGACCAUCGAGGAGCAGCAGCUUCCCCCGACCAUCGAGGAGCAGCAGCUACCCCCGACCAUCGAGGAGCUGCUCACCAUCCAGGAGCAGCAGCUUCCCCCGACCAUCCAGGAGCAGCAGCUUCUCCCAACCAUCCAGGAGCAGCAGCUUCUCCCAACCAUCCAGGAGCAGCAGCUUCUCCCAACCAUCCAGGAGCAGCAGCUUCUCCCAGCCAUCCAGGAACAGCAGCUUCUUCCAACAUCCAGGAACAGCAGCUUCUUCCAACAUCCAGGAGCAGCAGCUUCUCCCAACCAUCCAGAAGCAGAAGCUUCUCCCAACUAUCCAGGAGCAACUUCUCCCAAUCAUUCAGGAACAGCUUCUUACGACCAUCCAGGAACAGAAACUUCUCCCAACCAUACAGUCUCCCGACCAUACAGGAGAAACAUCUCCCAACCAUCCAGGAGUAGUGUUGAUGACGCUGCUGUAUCUCCUCCCUGACCAGCGCUGGGCACAGCCGAGGCCUGAGGGCUGCCAACAACAAUAG